AUGGCCACGCAGACGGGCCCGACCAACGGUCACGUAUCGUCGCCAUCGCCCUCUGCAGACCCAUCGAGCCCCGCAAUUGGCGAUGCAUCCCCGCAAUCUGACAUCUUCAACGCUAGCUCCGUCGCCGAGAUCAAAGCCGCCCUGUCUCGCCUGCACAGCCAAGAGGCCUCCGUCACUGCCCGUCUCGAUGCGCUGGUAACGUCGCAGAAGGAUCUCUCGAGAGAAUUGGGUCGUCUGGAUCUCCUGCGCGCCCACAUCGGCACCCAGACAAGCACCACGCGAUCGCUCAGCCAUGGGAUGCUCUCCGGGGCCGCUGAGACCGCCGAUCGCAUCUCCAGCGCCGUGCGCCGCCUGGAUCUGGAGCAAGCGCGAGUCAAAGCUACACUGGAAGUGGUCGAACAAGUUGCCGAGCUCAAGGCAUGUGCGUUAGGCGUUGCGGGGUCAAUGGGUGCGUCUCAGGACUGGGAAACCGCCGCCGGCUAUCUGCACCGUGCCUCGCAGGUGCCGCCUUCGGUGGUCAAUGGAGCUUUUGCAGCUGAAAUGGUCCCUACGGCCGAAGUACCAGAUCCACCAAGUGUGACCCUUGACAACGCAGCGGAGUCACUGUGCGGGUUGUUCUUGCGGGAAUUUGACAAGGCUGUAAAGGAGAACGACGGCGCCAAAAUCACUCGAUUCUUCAAAUUAUUCCCUCUCAUUGGCCGUUCUGAAGUUGGUCUUGAUGUCUACGGUCGUUAUGUUUGCCAGGGUGUGGCGGCGCGAGCCCGCAGUAACCUCAACGCGGGUACCGGGGCACAGGCCAAGGAUGGGUUCUUCUAUGCCAAUGCGUUGACGAAACUGUUUGAACAUAUUGCGCAGAUCAUCGACGGCCAUGGCGGGCUUGUCGAAAGGCAUUACGGUCCCCGCAAGAUGAGCCGUGUCAUUGAACGAUUGCAAGUCGAAGCUGAUGUGCAGGGUGGUAUCAUUCUGGACACAUGGAGUGACGAGCGACAUGUAGAUCGCAAACUCAUGGACAUCAAAUCGUAUGCCUUUACGUUCUUGUUGCAAAGCUUCCUUCCGGCACAACGUACGGGGCCAGGGCAUUCGAACUCCCCGACUCCGGGGGCGACCGCACCGACUGAGGAUGAGGGCGUCGAUAUGAAGGAGAUUGACGGCAUCCUGAACGAAAUGGCCAUUAUGCUAGGCAGAUGGUCCCUAUAUUGCCGCUUCCUGGCAGACACAUGCAAUCCUCCUGAAGAAAACGAAACUGACAAUGUCAAGGAGAACGAGCAACGAUUCGCACUUCCCUCUUUCUUGCAAGAAUCCUCUUUAGCACGGAAAGUAAAUGACCGGCUCAUGUCUCCCUUCAACGCCAUGACUACCUUUUUCUUCCGCCGAUCCGUCGAGAAAGCCUUCCAGCUUGACGAGUCUCCCUCCGGUCUAAACCUGAAUUUACAACGGCCGCUAAAAUCCGAUCCUCCUCACAUCACCUCCGCCGUCGACGACAUCAUGUACAUCGUUAACAAAGUCCUCCAGCAAUCGCUGGCGACCUCUCAAGAGCCCGUCGUGACCAACGUCGUUCCAACGCUCUCCCGCGUGCUCGGCUCCGACUUCAUCGGCAUGACACAGCGCAAGAUGCGCGACGAGUGCUACCCCCGCGCUGCGGUUCAGGGCGGCAACCCUCCCGAGCAAACGACGCUCGCCUUCCUCGUGCAAAUCAACAACCUCGACGUCGCCAUUGACUACAUCCGCCGCAUCGUCCAGAACAACACCGGCGCCAAGCAAACCCCCGCACCCGACGGCGACGACGAAAAUGCAGUGCCUACUGACCACCUGCUCGCGUUGUUCCCCGCGCCGGCUGCCGCGCGCCACGUCGCGUCCACCCUGUACGCGCUCGGUACCUCGUUCGAGGCAAAGGUCGCGGAGUUGCUAUCGGACGGCAUCCAAGUCGUCUUCAACAAUGUGGUCAAGCACCGGCUACGGCCCGUGCUGGCGGACGCCUUCCGCGACAUCGAGUACCAGCCCGGCGAGGGCGUGGACGACGACUUCGACGCUGCAAAGGAGGUCGUGCGCCCACGGUUUGCGGCCGGCUGGGCGGAGCUGCUGGUCCCGUUGGCGCGCGUGCUGACGGCGCAGGCUUUCGACCGGCUACUGGUUGUAACGCUCGGGUACUUCGCGCGGCUGUUGGAGAAGCGGCUGUGGGCUUACCAGGGUCGGGUGAAUGCGCUGGGAGCGGCACGGCUGGAGCGCGAUGUGGCCGGGGUCAUUGCAGCGGCGGUGGAUGUAGGAUAUGGGGCGGGGGCACCGGGGCGGUAUCGGCACCGAGAGGCGUUCGCACGGUGCGUGCAAAUGACCCUUGUGAUGGGAAUGGAUGAGGACGAAUGGGAUGAGGUGCUACACGGGGGUGAGGCGGCGGAUGUGGUGGAGAAAUUGAGUCGGGAAGAGAGGGUUCGGGUGCGCGCGAUGGUGAGGCGACGCUAA